AGGACAUCUAAGAACCAUCCUGAAGGUGUGACAUUUUCAUACCUGUGGCCUCCUCUGUACCUUCUGACCCGCCUCUUCAGGCCAACUCACAACGCUUUUUAUAACCUCAACUUCUCUUUCUAACCUCAACUUCUCUCAGAGUUUGGGAAAAUCGGCUGACACGCCCUCUGAGACCAAAAGAGGAAGAGACGCGGUGCAAAUCUAGAUUUUCCAGUUUUAUCGGUUAAUAGGUUAAAAAGAAAUGGCCUUUCCGGGAUACGGUGGAGCCCCAGCUGCGGAUCCUCUCUACGGAUAUUUUUCAGCUGUAGCUGGACAGGAUGGACAUAUCACAGCAGACGAGCUGCAGAGCUGCCUCACACACUCUGGCAUCUCUGGCUCAUACAAACCCUUCAGCCUGGAGAGCUGCCGACUGAUGAUCAGCAUGCUGGAUAGGGACAUGUCCUGCACCAUGGGCUUUAACGAGUUCAAGGAACUGUGGCAGGUUCUGAGCGGCUGGAAGAAUACCUUCGCAUCCUACGACCGGGACCGCAGUGGGACGGUGGAGGGCCCUGAGCUGCAGCAUGCCCUCACCUCCAUGGGUUAUAAUCUGAGCCCUCAGGCCAUGAAAAGCAUCAUGAUGCGCUACAGCAUAAACGGCAGAAUCACCUUUGAUGAUUUCGUGAGCUGUUGUGUAAGACUCCGAGCACUGACUGAUCAAUUCCGAAGGAGAGACACAUCCCAAACUGGCAAUGCCACUUUUCAGUAUGAUGAUUUUAUCCAGGUCACCAUGAGCACAUGAAGAGGACAGGACUAAACAGAGGGGACACACCUGCCUUUUAAAAUCUUCUCAUAUUAACAGCAUGUACUUUCAUUGUGUACGUUUAGUUUUAAUCAUUGUCGUACAAACAGGUUAAAAUGUCACUGUCACGUUCCAUUUUACCAGGAACUUUUUUGAAAUAAUGCAUAAUGUAAGAAACUAAUAAGAAUAUAGUAACCUCAGGCUGUACCAAUAAUAAACCUCUGUGCUCCUGUAUACUGGUGGGCAUUAUUAUCACUCAUACAUUUAUGGCCUUUUACCUCAAGAGUAACCAUGUUAGCCCAUAAUGAGUGUGAACGUGUAUGGCAUGAAUAAACAUGUCCACCACAAACAUGAAA